AUGCAGUGUCUCACUCUUUUCCUGGCGUCGGCCUCUCUCGCGGCUGCUCACCAACAGCCUAAUGUUGUCACCGUCACCAGGUACCUUCCUUUUGAGCAGCACCCGUGUUAUGCGUACUUCAUGCUCGGGGGAGAAGGCGAUCUUCCUGUGGAACCCUGCCGGCCUGGGGCUUGCUGUAUUAGUGUCCAAGAUGUCAACACCAACACUGGCCACGGCGGCAAGAAUGUCGGCCCCGACGGUCAUUCAUUGACCAUGACCUCUCACUCUCCCAAUGGUAGCAGCGCCCAGGGUAUCUCUGGUGGCUCCGUUGUCAUCCAGAACUUUCUCGCCGGUGGCAGCUCCGAGCCCAUUACCAGUGGCUCGGUCGUUGCGGUACUCUCGUCCAGUGGCGGCUUAAUCACAAAAACUCUUGACGGGACCAUGACCGACGACUGCACCGUUACAGAGGAUAGUAUUACCACUGCUGCUGUGACUGUACCCGAGACGUCUCGCGAGACCGUCGUCAUCACUACCAUUGUCCCCAAGGUUGUGACUUACACCACGACAUUGAGUGGCACACCCAUUGUUGAGACAAGCACGUCCAUGGUCAUCAGUACCGGGACAUUCACGACCGAUGUUGCUAUUUCCACCACGGAGACUCUGACAACACCUGUGAUUGUCACCUCGACCGAGGUCAUCACGGCAAACAACUCUACUUUCACAUCUAUCGGUACCACCACGUGUGAUGAGGGGGUAGUCACUAGUAUUGGUUCAGUUCUCACCACCGUCACGGCUUCCGAGACUUUGGCAACGCCCAUGGAGGUCACCUCAAUUGAGGUCAUUGCGACAAACAAUUCUACUGUUACAUCUCCUACCACCAUCACGUCCAAGGGGAUGAUCACCGAUUCCACCACUACGGGAACUCUUACAACGCCGGCCAUUGUCACCUCGACUGGGGGCAUCACAACGAAUAACUCUACAAUUACAUCUCUCACCACCACUACCUUGAUAGGGACAGUCACCAGCGUUCAACCCAUCCUCACCAACUCCACUACCGGGACGACAACGCCAGUAACUAGCACCUCUAAGGCAGUCAUUGCAACAAACAACUCCACCACUGCAUCUCUCACCACCACUACGUCUAAAGAGACAGUCACCAGCGUUCAACUCAUCCUCACCAACUCCACCACUACGGAGAUGGCAACGCCAGCUACUAGCACCUCUACGGCAGUCAUUGCAACAAGCAACUCCACCACUGCAUCUUUCACCACCACCACAAAGAACACCAUCACUCCCAGCGUCGUCGUCACCACCAACAGCUCCACCAUCGUCGGGCCCAUCACGAGCCUCAUCCCGCCGCCUCCCACAACCACCAAAUCGCGCGUCAUUCCCUCCAGCUGCCCGACCCCGACCUGUUCCACGGGCAUCCAGUACGCCCUAUACGACAACCCCUUCCGCCAAGAUACGUCCCCAACGUAUAAGAGCUUCUCGCCCGCCUACUUCAAGAGAACCAAGCCCGUGUACAGCACAACGCUGCAGACCGCCAUCUACAUCACCGACGACGACCACGGCAGUGGCUUCAACCCGCUCUUCAGAAACGCCGCCGCCAGCUACCGUGGCUUCCUCUUUGCCUGCCAGGACGGCCGCUACCGCUUUAACUCGCCCUACUCGGACGAUAUCACCAUCAUGUGGUUCGGCGACAAGGCAUACCAAAACUACACGCGCGACAAUGCCGACAUUAUCCAGUUCUACUACGGCGACAACAGGCCCAGGAACAUUUACAGGGACCUCAAGGCGGGCACGUACUAUCCCAUUAGGGUGCUCUGGGGCAACACGGGCGGAGCGUCCGACUUGUCGCUGCGCAUCUAUGGGCCCAACGGCGAGGACGUGAGCGGCGCGGACCAAUCGGGUGAGCAUUACCUGACGACGGAGGCGUGUGAUCGCUCCUAUACUCCUUAUCCACCAUGGGGCAAGGAGCUGUGA